AUGUCGACAGCCGCACAAUUACAACUGCCUGAAGAGACGUUUCAGCAGCUGAAACAGCAGCUGAGCGCCAAGCUCGCCGAGAUGAACGUGACGGAAGACUCCGAGUACGUUGCCGAGUUUAUUUUGGUGCUGAUAUCAAACGACAAAAGCCCCAUGAGCAUUAUGGAAGAGCUGAGUGCUCUGUUUGGCGAUAUCAUCACGUUGGAGUUCAUUCAAAGCGUUUUCGGUGAGAUCCAGCGAUUAAGAACCGGCGGAGCAGCUCCUGAAGAACAGCCACAGCAACCUGUACAAGAACAAACCGAGAGACAACAAGUGCGCUUUGACGAGGCCCCUCAGACAGAAAGCAUGGAGGGCGUCAGCCGGACAAAUGCUCCUACAGGUCCCCGUUCAUUUGUGGAAAGAAAGAAUGGAAACGGAAUCUCGAAGUCCGCCAAUACAAACGCAAAGAAGAAUUUUGCGUUGAAGAAUCAGAAGAACUUCAUGCAGGCAAUGAACAUGGCGAUGAUGAACAACGGGCAGAUGGCCAACUUUGCCACGCGCAAGGCGAACGGCCGGUGUAAGGAUUUCCCCCACUGCCCGAACACAAACUGCCUGUUCAUGCAUCCUACCAAGCCAUGUUUUGCUUAUCCAAAUUGUCCAAAUCCUCCAGGCACAUGCAGUUACUUACAUCCUGGCGAGGAUGACGAGCUGAUGGCCGAGCUGGAGAAGACGAGGCAGGAGAGACUGGCGAAGCUGCAGAACGGCAACCAGAACAGGUUCAUGAACCAAGUUUCCAAGCAGGUUGGUAUGCAGCUGCAAAAUACGGGAAUCACACUGUGCAAAUUUGGCGCUGUGUGCCAAAAGGAGCUGUGUCCGUUUGGACAUCCUACACCAGCCAAUAAGGAUGCCAAGGUGAUUGUGUUGCAAUGGUGUACUGACAACAAGAACUGCGCAGACCCAGAGUGCCAGAAGGCGCACUCUUCGCCAAACUACAAGCCAUCCGAGGCGCAAAGUGCCGCUGCUGCUGGUCCAGAGAAGACGUUGGAACAAUGCAAAUUUGGAGCCUACUGCAAGAACUUCCGCUGUCCAAAGCGUCAUGCUACGAGUCCUGUGAUCUGUCGUGACGGCGCCAACUGCACGCGUAUCGACUGCUACUUCACCCAUCCUAUUGACGAGGACUGCAAGUUUGGAGUGAACUGCAAGAACGCAAAGUGUCCGUACAAACAUCCCGAGGGACGCGAGCUGAACUCGGCCAAGAAAAAUAACGUCUGGGUGAACGAGCACGUGCAUCCGAGCGAGCGUCCGUUUGCCGUUCCGGAAGACCAGGUGAUGGAGCAUGCGCAGACCUAA